CCCUUUCCGAUAACUAGGUUAUCUUCCCUGAAAUUUGGAACUCUCCUGUGAAAGGAGAUAGUGGUAAAAGUGCUUCCGGUAGGUAACCGGCAAACUGAAACGUAACUGGUUGCACGGUGGAUAAAGUCAGUUUAUAGCGAGAUAUAGUCAUGGGAAAACUAUACUGUUGUGCAACAAAUUGCCAUAACUAUAGUGGCAAAAGCAUAAAUGACAAUACUGUGACUUUACAUAGGUUUCCUGUAAAUAGAAGACACAAAUCUAUAUGGCAAUGCCGUGUCAGUCGCAAACAAUGGAAGCCAACAAGUUGUUCAAGGCUUUGUUCAGAGCAUUUCAUAACGAAGAGAGGUCCAACAAAAGAUCACCCAUUGCCUUCAAUAUUUGAUCACAAGAUAUUUAAGACCACAAACUUUGAUUCAUCUUUUAAAGAAUUUGAGGAAAACAAUGAUUGUACUAGUACUGAAGAUGAAACAGAUCGUGAUAUCAUUUGUGAUGGAAAUGAAGAGGCAAAUAAUGGCAUAGCUGAUGAUCCAAGUAAACAUCAUGGUCAUUUUGUUUAGUUUCUUUUGUCACAU